UUUCCUGCUGCAGCCGCUGCUGGCCUUUGUGAAGCGCUCCAACUCCUCCGAGGCCUUUUUGGCUGUGACGUUGGGCACUGUGCUGCUGUCAUCCAGUCUCACCCAGGCCUUUGGCCUCUCUGAAACCCUGGGUGCCUUCGUAGGGGGCGUCCUGGUGGCCGAAACGGAUUACAAACAUCAGAUCGAGGUGGCGCUUGCGGCGCAAGCGCGACGUGGUGAUGGGGCUGAAGUAAAGCCCACAUGA